ACUUGGAAGAAUUAUACUUCUGUUGAUUUAUUAUUAUACUUUUUGUGGUGUUAGUUAUAAGUUGGUUGUGGUUUUCACUUUAUUAUUAUAAAACAUAAACGGAAAUAUAGUGCAAUAUAAUGGCUAUGAAAUUUAAUCCCGCUAUGACAAAACCAGGGGAGGAGAUCGUAAUUAGUGGAAUCGCUGGAAAGUUUCCGGAAAGCGAUAAUGUAGAAGAAUUGAAGACAAAUUUAAUGAAUAAAGUGGAUCUGAUUACGGAUAACUCGUCAAGAUAUCCCAUAGAUCAUAUGGAGGUUCAAAGCCAAGGUGGUAAAAUACGCAAUUUGUCGAAAUUCGACGGAAUGUUUUUUGGUAUUCAUCUCCAGCAAAGUAAUGCGAUGGAUCCCAUAGGCCGAAUACUGCUCGAAACGACAUAUGAAGCUAUAAUCGACGCAGGAAUAAAUCCCAAAACGCUUAAGGAAACCAACACAGGUGUUAUUGUAGCAGCCUGCUUCAGUGAAUCAGAAGGGGGCCUUAUGUUCAAAGCAGAAGCUGUAAAUAUAUGUCGAUUGACUGGACUGAGUAAAUCUAUGCUGGCAAAUAGACUCUCCUAUUUUUUUGGUUUGCGUGGCCCAUCUUAUACAAUAGACACAGCUUGCAGUUCCAGCAUGUUUGCAAUAGACCAGGCUUCCAGAUUAAUUCAACAAGGUAUAUGCGAUGCAGUAAUUGUCGGGGGCGGCAAUCUCACUCUUCUUCCCUAUACAUCUAUGCAUUUUAAUAACCUUGGCGUGCUGAGUAAAGACUGCAGAUGCAGGAGUUUCGAUUCCAAAGCUAGUGGAUACGUCCGUAGCGAAGCCAUAGGCACAAUACUAUUGCAGAAAGCAAAGAAUGCGAAAAGAAUUUAUGCACAAGUCGUACACUCAAAGAGCAACAGUGAUGGUUACAAAGAACAGGGUAUUACGUUUCCUUCCUCACAAGUACAGAAAAUACUCUUGACUGAAGUGUACAAGGAAUGCAAAGUAUCUCCCCAUGAAUUGUCCUACCUGGAAGGUCAUGCUACCGGAACUGUCGUGGGCGACCCUGAGGAAUUAAACGCGAUAGAUCAAGUAUUUUGUCAGGGCAGAAGUACACCCCUCAAAAUUGGUUCUGUUAAGUCGAAUAUGGGUCACACAGAAGCUGCCAGUGGUCUUUGUUCUGUGAUUAAGGUCAUUAUUGCGAUGGAAAGCGGUUUAAUUCCACCAAAUUUGCAUUUUACAAGUCCAACGAAGGGUGUGAAAUGUUUCGAGGAAGGAAAACUUCAAGUAAUUACGGAACCAACUCCAUGGGAGGGUGGCUACGUAGGGAUAAGCUCAUUCGGUUUCGGUGGCUCAAAUGCUCACGUUUUGCUGAAAUCGUUCACGAAGGAGAAAGUGAACAAUGGAGCACCUUCUGAUGAUUUGCCUCGAUUGGUAGCAGUAUCUGGUCGCACAGAAGAAGCAGUGAAAACACUUCUCGACUAUGUGGAAAGUAUUCCAGUGGACGUAGAAUAUAUCCGACUUUUACACGAUAUACAUAACGAGGAAAUAUCGGGACAUUUGUUCAGAGGCUAUACACUCGUUAAUUCCACAUCAGGAAGACCAAUCAAAGAGAUCCAACAAUAUCCUGGCGUGAAAAGGCCAAUUUGGUUUGUCUUUUCUGGAAUGGGCUCCCAGUGGCCUGGCAUGGGCGAGGCAUUGAUGAAGUUCCCAAUUUUCUAUAAAGCUAUUCAAAAGUGCGAUGCAGUGUUGAAGCCGCACGGUGUGGAUAUCUUCGAUAUUCUUACUAACAAGGAUAAGAAGACUUUCGAUAAUAUCUUAAAUUCGUUCGUUGGGAUCGCCGCAGUCCAAAUCGGUCUUGUUGAUCUGUUAACAUCCGUGGGCAUCGAACCGGAUAAUAUAAUCGGGCACUCUGUCGGAGAACUCGGUUGCGCAUACGCUGAUGGAUGUUUUACGGCUGAACAAAUGGUGCUCGCAGCAUAUUCUAGGGGUUUAGCAUCCAUAGAAACUAAAAUGAUUCGAGGUUCUAUGGCUGCAGUUGGUCUUGGAUACAAGGAAAUAAAGGACAUGUGUCCACCUGAUAUAGAAGUUGCUUGUCACAACAGCUCUCAGAGCUCCACUAUAAGUGGACCAGCUGAAUCAAUGAAGAAGUUCGUUGCAGAAUUAACGGCGAAAAAUAUCUUCGCCAGAGAAGUGGCGUGCAGCAACAUUGCAUAUCAUAGUCGAUAUAUUGCCGAGGCGGGAACAAAAUUGUUGGCAUAUUUGAAAAAAGUGAUUCCCGAACCAAAACGCAGGAGCUCCAAAUGGUUGAGCAGUUCUGUACCUCAGACUGAGUGGUCUAAAGAAUCUGCCAAAUACUCAUCCGCUGAGUAUCAUACAAAUAACUUGUUGAACUCGGUAUUAUUCGAGGAAACUGCUGCAAUGAUCCCGUCUGACGCGAUAGCUAUAGAAAUCGCGCCCCAUGGACUUCUACAGGCGAUCGUGAAAAGAUCGCUGGGUCCUAACGUAGUAAACGUACCGCUAACUCUGAGAGGAUACAACGACAAUGCAGAAUACUUUUUACAAGCCCUUGGAAAAUUAUACAAUGCUGGUUUGCAACCACAAUUGGCGAAUCUUUAUCCAUACGUAGAAUUUCCGGUUAGUCGUGGUACUCCCAUGAUCUCGCCCUACGUUAGAUGGGAGCACUCUGAAGAUUUAUUUGUAUUAAAACUUGGCUCAAGCGAGAACAUAACAACGGCAGAAAGGAAUGUUGAAAUAGUAAUUUCAAACAACGAUUUUAAGUAUAUGGCUCAUCACGUAAUUGAUGGAAGAAACUUGCUUCCAGCCACGGGAUACUUGGUUCUGGUCUGGGAAACAUUUAGUAUGAUACAAGGAAAGCUUAUGAAUGAAUUAUCAGUGAUUUUCGAAGAUGUGAAGUUUGAACGUGCAACUAACAUUUCUUCGCCAGUUUUCUUAUCAAUCAUGAUCCAUAGAGGUUCCGGGAAAUUCGAGAUAUCAGAAGCAUCUACUACUGUUGUGAGGGGGUCGAUCCGUGAAAUGUCGAAUACCUCGAAAGAUAUGAUUGAUGUUAAAUACUUGAAACCAAUCGAAGAUGAUGAACCACUCACUAACAAAGAUAUAUACAAGGAACUGAAACUUCGUGGAUACGAAUAUACUGAAAUAUUCUGUAGCUUGAAAAGUGCAUCCAUCAGGGGAACCAGAGGACGUAUUGCUUGGUACGAAAAUUGGGCUGCAUUUAUGGAUAACAUGUUGACGUGAAAGCUCACAGUAAAAUAAUUCAACGUCUCACCGAAGAUAGUAAAGGUAAUAAUAUAAUAACAGUUAUAAUAUAAUAAUAUAAUAAUAGCAAAUACAAAACACGAUAACAUAAUUCUAAUUACAGAAAUUCCAGUAUCUGUGUACAAAGAUUACAAUGCUGUAAUAUCCGGAGGAAUUCAAAUGCGCGGAAUAAAGGCUAAUAGUAUUCAACGACGAAAACCAAUGGCUGAGCCAGUUUUGGAAGAAUACAAGUUCGUCGCUAACCGUGAUAACGCGCAAACAUCCUUAGCAGACAUGAUAAUAUUAUCCACCCAACUAGCGUUAGAAAGUCACAUAACAACUACUCCAAAGAUUCUUGAAGUAAUUCAUGAAGAAGAGAAGGUUCCAAUUGCAGAAACUCUUACCCCUAUUUUCAUGAAAGUCCUAAGUAAUUUACCAAUGGUUCGCCCAAAUUUGAUUCUAUGUGCAAAAGCGAGUCGAAGAGAAGAAUUAUUACUUCCUGAGGAUAUUACGGUAAUUGAAGACAAUAAAUUGCCGGAAGAUGCGAGUGUCUUCAUGGCAGCUGCAUGCGAUAUUAUAAGCAGCAAAAGGUCAGACAUUCUAGAGCAGCUAAUACACGCAACAGAAGAUAAGGGAUUUAUUCUCCUUCAAGAGAGCGGUAUUAAUAAAGAUACAUUUCCCUUCCUUAAAUCAUGCGGGCUGAACAUCGUUUUAGAGAAAAGUCUCAAUAAGCAGACUUUACUGCUUCUGAAGAAAGAAGAGAAGCCACCUCAGAAAACAGAGGUAGUGCACGUAAACAAUAAUGAAUUCAGUUGGAUUGAAAAGGUGAAAAUGAUUAUGAAGAACGAGAAAGAUAAAAAAACUAAUGAAACAACAAGACUGGUGCUAGUUGCCGAAGGAGAUAUGGAGAAUGGUUUAUUAGGUAUGGUCAAAUGUUUGAGAAGAGAACCUAAUGGUGAAAUUGUCAAGGCUGUAAUAAUUCAAGAUAAGAAUGCACCAAAGUUUUCAUUAAACGAUCCAUUUUACUCUGAACAACUGGACCUAAACAUUGCUUAUAAUGUUUUAAGACCGGGUAGAAUUUGGGGUACUUACAGACACGUACCAUAUCCGGAAGUGAAGCCAAUUCCAGUUCCACAUGGAUAUGUCAACUUAAAAGUAAGAGGAGAUUUGAGUUCCAUUCAGUGGAUGCAGGGUCCAAUACAACCUGAUGCGAAGUACGAUAAUAUCGUGAAGGUGGUGUACGCUUCUUUGAACUUUAGAGAUGUGAUGCUAGCAACGGGAAAACUAAUGCCAGAAGCCAUAGCAAGCAAAAGAGAAAGUACAGACUGCUUAAUCGGCUUCGAAUUCAGCGGCAUCGACUCCAAUGGUCGGCGAGUAAUGGGCUUUGUAGAUAGCAAGGCUAUAUCGAAUCUAGUCACUCCUGAUAAAUUAACUGUGUGGCCAGUACCAGAUGAGUGGUCCCUCGAAGAUGCAGCAACAAUUCCGUCUGCCUACUUCACCGUACUCUACGCUUUCUUCUACUUCGGGAAAUUAAAAAAAGGGGAAAAGGUACUGAUCCAUGCAGGAAGUGGUGCUGUAGGUCAGGCAGCGAUCAACGUGGCCCUCGCAGAAGGUUGCGAGGUGUUCACUACAGUGGGCACGCCCGAAAAACGCAAGUUCAUUAAGGAAACCUUCCCCAGCAUAGAUGAUGAUCAUAUAGGAAACUCUCGAGAUACUAGUUUUGAACAGAUGGUGAUGAAACAAACGCACGGAAAAGGUGUCGAUGUAGUUUUAAAUUCUUUAGCUGAAGACAAACUCCAAGCAUCUGUUAGAUGCUUGGGUUACCGCGGCCGUUUCUUAGAAAUUGGUAAAUUCGACUUGGCGGCUAACAAUAAACUAGGAAUGGAGAUAUUUUUGAAAGAAAUAAGUUUUCAUGGAGUUUUACUGGAUAGCAUGAUCGCCGGUAUUUCGCCUGUUCUACAAGAAGAAAUGUAUAAUUUUAUUAAUAAACAAUUGAAAGAUAGGGCUAAAGCUAUCAAGCCGAUAGUACGGAAGACCUUCCAGAAGGAUCAGUUGGAAGAAGCAUUCAGGUACAUGGCAGCAGGAAAGCAUAUUGGAAAGAUUGUAAUUAAAAUAGCAGACGAAGAGACUCCUCUAAAUACUCAUGUUCUUGCUUAUCCUCGUUUCAACGCUAUGAAAGGCAAAAGUUACGUACUUGUUGGUGGUUUAGGUGGACUUGGUCUUGAGGUUGCAGACUGGCUCGUUUUACGUGGUGCUAAGAACUUAGUAAUGGUUUCCAGAAAUGGAAUAAAAACUGGGUAUCAGAGACUGAGGACAGAAGUAUGGAAAUCCUAUGGCGUGAAGGUUCUAAUUAUUUCCGACGUAGAUGCUUCAAAAACGGACGAUUGCGAAUUCAUUUUACGAUCAGCAGAGAAACAGGCUCCUGUCGAUGGCAUCUUCAAUCUGGCAGCGGUGUUGAAAGAUUGUUUAAUGGAAAACCAAACAGCAAAGUUGUUUGAAGAGAGCAUGAAACCAAAGGCCAAAAUCACUAAGAAAUUGGACGAUGUUUCAAGGAAAACUUGUCCAAAACUUCGAUACUUCGUAGUCUUUUCUUCCCUGUCGUGUGGAAGGGGAACUGCUGGACAAACUAAUUAUGGUAUGGGAAACGCCGUGUUGGAGAGAAUUUGCGAAAGAAGAGUAGAAGAAGGCCUUCCUGGCAUGGCAAUUCAGUGGGGAGCUGUUGGAGAUGUCGGUCUUGCAGCUGACAUGUUGGAAAAUAGGCAGCAAUUAGAAAUUGGUGGAACAUUGCCCCAAAGGAUAUCUUCGUGUUUGGAAGAAUUCGAUAAAUUUAUGUGUCACAAUAGACCAAUUGUGGCUAGCAUGGUAGUGGCUGAAAAACGACCGAGCGCCAGUAAGGUUAGCACCGUCCUUGAAGCGAUGAUGAAUAUAAUGAAUAUAAAGGAUCUUAAAACUGUGAGCCAGACUACUUCUUUGGCUGAACUAGGGAUGGACUCCAUGAUGUUAGUAGAAAUAAAACAAACUUUAGAGAGAGAUUUCGAACUAUUUCUGACACCGCAGGAUAUCAGAGCCCUGAAUUUCGCCAAGCUUAUGGCAAUGUCUACCAAAGAUACCAAAAAGCAAACGAAACAAACUAAGAAGAGAGUUGAAAAGACGGAAAAUUUAGGUGGCAUGCAAAUACUGAUGAGGACCAUAAAUGUUUCUCUAUUAGAUGGACAGUAUUGUGUACAACUACCUGUUAAAUGUGGUCAGGAAAAGAACGAAGUAUUCCUUAUACCCGGUAUUGAAGGAUCUGCUGAAAUAUUCACUGCUUUAGCACCGAAAUUAAAAUUACCUGCUACUUGUCUACAACUAGGAAUAAACGAUUCGGUUGAAUCUAUAGAAGACAUGGCUGAUCUCCUCAUACCUCACAUUCUAGCAAGGACCAAAGGUCGCAGAGAUUUUGUGAUUGUGGGAUACUCAUAUGGAUCACUAGUAGCUAUAGAGUUAAUAAGGAAACUGGAAGCUCGUGCGUUAGUUGGGCACCUUAUAUUAUUAGAUGGUUCUCCCGAUUACAUGAAAGCCAUAAAGUUUGAACACUUCGUAGCUGCUUCAGAACACGAAUAUCAAAAUAAAUUUCUAUCUGACGUGUUGCGCGUCGUCAGAUCACCCACUUUCUUGCAGUGUAAAUUAGAAUUGCUGAAUUGCAAUGAUUGGGACGAAAAAUUAAACGUGACAAUCAAACACAUGCCUGAUGAAGUACAUAAAAUCUAUUCUCCGGAUGUUCAGAAAGCAAUUAUUUCGUUUAUAUUCAAACGUCUGUGUUUGUUAGACAAAUAUGACCCGUCUACCACGUCACCUCUUAGUACACCUAUUACAUUAUUGGUACCAACAAAUCCAGCUACACAAUUACCGGAUCCAGAUUAUGGUCUCAGCAAGUUGACGCAUGGAAAAGUAACAGUGCACAAGAUUGAAGGAAAUCACAUAACGAUGUUGGAUAAUAAAAAGGUUGUGGCUGUUAUUAAUGGCGAACCAAUAGAGGAUGAAUAAAUAUUCAAAGAAACUCUAAGUCUGGCAAGCGGUCAUACCGAGUUAGGAAGCGAAAACGUCAAUUUCAUAGUAAUAUCGUAG